AUGGGCUCGCACGAGUUCUACAAUGCUCUGGCUCGGGCCAAGGACGAUGAUUUCAAGAGUAUAUUCAACGUCCGACGAGGCGAUAUAGGCGAUGCCAUGGCAGUUCUCUUCACUCAUGAUUCCCUCGAUUCCACUUUGGACCUGGGGAUUGUUAUCUUGUUACUUCCAACAUAUCACCGAUUUUCAGCCUUUGAUCAUCGCUUACUGGACCGCGAGAUGUCCCUCGAUACGUCCAAAACGCAAAGUCUGUUCGAAUCUUUGUACCGAAAUAUUCAUGGCAGUGAUAGUAUCAAUAAUAUACUCAGCGUCCUUUCGAACGAACUCACCACGCCUAUGCCAUGUACCGAGGCCUGGGAGCAGGAAAGCGACGCUACUUCAAAAGCUCCCAUCCAGUCAAAGCCGUCAAGUACAACUGUUUCACAUGCUGCAGCACUGAAGAUGGCCUUGCAGAAGGCCCACUCAUCAGAUAUGUCAUUCCGAGUUAGCAGCCUCUGA